CUCCAAGGCACCGCAUUCGUUCCACCCGGAGGCAAUCUACAACGGAAUAGGUCGAGGGCUGACGGAACAAUGCGAUGACAUACCGCUCACGGCUGCAAUGGACGCCAAUGCAGCCAACUCCCCCGACCAAGACAUCUCCUCCGGCACCUACAUCCUCCGCGAAUUGAUCAAAGACCUCCCGCUCUCUUCCUCCGACGACGUCCCCGCCCACAUCACCACCGCCGACGCAUGGAACGGGCAUCUCUACAUCGGCACUUCAAAGGGCGAAGUCCUGCACUACGUCUCCCUUCCCCCCGACCCCUCGGAUCCCACCAGCGAAGCGAGCUACAUCUUCGCCUCGCAGCUCCAGCCGCCCUUCACUACCGCGCAAGAGGGCAGAGAUGAGGGUGUCAAGCAGAUCCUGCUGCUUCCGCAGGCAGAAAAAGUGAGCAUACUGUGUAAUGGAACGGUGUCAUUCUACGGUCUGCCGGAGCUGAGUCCAGCGUAUGGAGGGAAGAUCCAACAGGCCAACUGCAGUUGGGUCGGCGGGUUGGAUCUGGACCUGUUCAACGAUGAUCAAGCGUCUGAAGUUACAGCCGCGGAUCCGGUCAUCGUGCUCUGCCUCAAGUCACGCCUUCGUAUGAUCAAGCUUGGGACAGAGGCGGCGCGCAAGAUACGCGACAUUGAGCUCGGCGGGGUUUCCGCUAUUCAGCGACGAGGGGAUUUGGCCUGUGUCGCUGAUGGCAACAUCUACUCGCUCCUGGACGUCAUCAAUCAUCGGAAGAACGACUUGUUUCCCAUAUCGUCACUGAGCGUGCAGGAAGUAGUUGACGAGCCGAAGCCCGCGGGAACCCCUCAAAAGACCUCGCACGGUGCUUCGAGAAGCGUCUCAGCCGCCACUCCUGCACGCCAAACGAUUUCUCACGAACGCAAUGUCAGUGUAGGGGGAGAGUCGAAGUCGAGAGAGGGCUCGCCCUGGCCGGAUCGAAGUUCGUCUCGGCGCAGACCGUCCGUCGCGUCCACGCCGAAACGUGAUGACAGCCCUGCGAAAGCCAUCGAAAAUCCUGCUGCCUCAACCGAAGAACAAACACCCUCUAGACAACCAUCACGGUCGAUCAGUCAGCCCUUGCCACCAAACAUUGUUUCGCCGAAUUCCAACGAAUUUCUCCUCACCACUGGAACAAAUCUCAGUGAUCCUGGUGUGGGUCUGGUCGUCAAUCGCGAUGGCGAUCCGUCUGGUGGGACAAUUGAGUUCAGCAGCUACCCGGAGUCUCUCGUUCUGGAUGGAGUCGGCCAAAGCGCCGAGCCUGACACUCCGGGAGAUUCUACGCCCGAGGGAUACGUACUCGCGGUCGUUCGCCAGAAAGUCGGUGACGGUGUGGUCAAAGCGAUAGAGGUUCAACGCUGGAACAGCGAGGAUUCACACCCGUGGAAAGAAUGGAUCACUGUUGGGUCUUCCGAUGAUGAUGUGGAGAAGACUCAUGUUGGCAUGCGCACAGCUACCACAUCUGCCGAGCUCGUCGUGCCCGAGAUUAGUACCAGCUUACGCCUACGCAGACUGACACUGACCAACGAGUCCUCUGAAGACGAAGACGACAAGCGAAACCAAGAGGAAGACAAGUUCGCUGCACGCUUCAGUCAAGUCUCGGCGAGUGUACUUCUGUACACAAAUGAUCGAGUCAGCUGGGUGACGAAGAAUCCCUUGAUCCUCCACAUGGAACGCCAACUCGCCUCUGCGGUGCAAAACAGCGCGAAUGGCGAGCUUGGCAUCGACGUGCCCGGAGUGCAGACGGUGAUCAACAGCAUUCGCGGCCAGGAAGCACGGACCGAACUCGAGUUCGUCACUCUGACCUACAUCCGGCAGAAAGCAUCCUUAUUGCUCUUUGGCAACUUGGUCUUGCAGACUGUGAAAGGUGUCAAUGCUUACGAGCGCGACAAGCGGUUUGCAGAGGAGGCGCUCGUCGUGGGCGAUAUCGAUCCGCGGGUGAUACUAUCACUGGUGCCGAUUCUGAAGGACGAAAUCAAGCACGGCAAAGAAGGCAUCUGGAUUGCUCAAGGCCUGCGCGACACCGUCACUAUGCUACAGCGACACUGCGAGCCCGACAGCAUUGUCACAGACCACAACGGACCAUAUGGAGAAAACAUCCUCGCGAUCAUCAGACAGUAUUUCUUCACUUUGCGACAGAAAAAGGGCUUUGGCAGCGUGAGUGACGAAGCCCACGUCUUCCAAACAGUUGACGCCACGCUCCUUCACAUCCUACUGCUGCUCGAUCAGGAUAGUCCACGAGGGGUCGCAACGCCAGGAGAGCCAUCCAUUCGCGCCGAGCUUAACGACCUCGUAGAUCGCGGCGUAGACUGCUUCGACCGCGCGGUGCAGCUCUUCGAACAAUUCCAUCGGUUGUACAUGCUCAGCCGUUUAUAUCAGAAAAAGAAGCUCUCCGCCCAAGUCCUCGCAACCUGGAAACGAAUCCUCGAAGGAGAGGAAGAUGCCGGUGGCGAGCUCGUUGACGGCGAACACGAUGUCCGCCGCUACUUGAGUCGGAUUCGAGAUCGCAGUCUCGUGCAGGAGUAUGGUGCCUGGCUGGCGCAGCGAAAUCCAAAACUUGGCGUGCAAGUCUUUGCAGAGGAAGACAGCCGAGUGAAAUUCGAGCCGGCCGAAGCAGUCUCGAUUCUGAAAGAGAAAGCGCCCGGCGCGGUAAAAGACUACCUCGAACAUCUCGUCUUCGACAAACACCACGUGCAGUACGUGAACGACCUCAUCACCUUCUACCUCGACACCGUGCUCGCCGAGCUGGAAAAGCCAGAAGGCGAAGCAAAGUCUACCCUCCUUCAAUCCUACGAAACGUAUCGCGCCCUCAAACCCCCCAAACCAACCUACAGACAAUUCAUCACCGAUAACGCCCUCGACGCCGAAUGGUGGCGGAAUAGACUACGUCUGCUGCAACUAAUCGGAGGCAGCCACGGCGCAGCAUCGAAGUACGACGUGCACAGUCUGCGCGAGCGCCUGGCACCCUACAGCAGCGAACUGGUACCCGAAAUGAUCAUCCUGAACGGACGCGAAGGCAAACACGAAGAAGCCUUACGCCUCCUGACGCACGGAUUGGGAGACUACGACACGGCGAUCCGAUACUGUCUGCUCGGCGGCUCGAGCAUCUUCCACCCCUCGUCCGGGCUCGCGGCAGCAGAUCAACCCAUCCUCCCGGAAAAAGAAGAACAAGCGCAUCUCUUCGAAGUGCUGCUCCUGCACUUCCUUCAACUCGAGGACGUCAGCGAUCGCCUGGAGCGCACGGCGGAACUACUCGAGCGUUUUGGCGGGUGGUUUGAUGUUGCAAAGGUGCUGGAGUUGAUACCCGAUGGGUGGAGCGUGGAGUUGGUUUCGGGGUUUUUGGGCAGUGCGCUGCGCGCGCUGGUGCGGGAGAGGAAUGAGACGGUGGUGGUGAAGGCGCUGGUCGGCGCGCAGAAUUUGAAGAGGAGUGUGGAGGUCGUGGAGAAGAUUGAGGCGCUGGGGCCGGUGGUUGUUAUGGCUGGUGAGCAGGGGGUGGUGUGAGCUGGGUUGGGUCGUACCUUCCCACAUGGAACUCGAUUAUCGCACCUUCCUCGUGCAAUGCUAGGGAGAUUGCAUGUGAUGAGUCGGCGGCGAGCUCUUGGCACGCACGCUUUCAUAAGGUAAGGUAUUCAGACAUCAUCGUCUUUUCAACCUCUACUACGAUUUCCUGAGCCUCUCAUCCGUUGAGCCUCUCAUCACCCGAGCCUCUCAUCACCCGAGCCUCUCAUCACCCGAGCCUCUCAUCACCCGAGCCUCUCAUCACCCGAGCCUC